AUGUUGAGUGGUAGAAUUGGUGCUCGUUCGUCGCGGAUUCUCCUUACGCAAUGCCGCAACUCGGCGCCAUUAUUGCUUCGCCUGGCGCAACCUGCUGCUGCGGCUGCUUCCGCAUUCUUCAAUCGAUAUUACUCUAGCGUUGAAUCUCCACAAAAGCUUUAUCAAGAGUGGUUUGCUGUUGCUGAUUCAGACAGAGAUGGGCGGCUUACCGGAGGUGAUGCCACCAAGUUUUUCGCUAUGUCCAAGUUGCCCCGCCAGGAUCUCAAGCAGGUUUGGGCUAUUGCGGAUUCUAAACGGCAGGGUUUUCUUGGUUUUGAAGAGUUUAUCACUGCUGUUCAGUUAGUUUCCUUGGUUCAAGCUGGUCAUCCGCUGAGUAGUGAUAUUCUAAAAAGCACUGAUGUGGACUUGAAGAAUUUAAAGCCUCCAACAAUGGAAGGAUUGGAUAAACUACUGGCAAAAAGGAUGCAUAAAUCUAAUACUGAGCCUGAACAAAAUGGCACUCCUGAGCGGACAACUUCACCAUCUGGUAACUGGUUUUCUUCUACGAUGUCUGGAAAGAAGGGAUCUUUAAACUCAGUUACAUCAGUUAUUGAUGGCUUGAAAAAGCUAUAUGUCCAGAAGUUAAAACCACUGGAAGCAACAUAUCACUUCAAUGAUUUCGUCUCCCCCUUCUUGACAAACAGUGAUUUUGAUGCCAAGCCAAUGGUGAUGCUCUUGGGUCAAUAUUCCACAGGAAAAACAACAUUUAUCAACUACUACCUCCAAACAAGUUAUCCUGGGGCUCACAUUGGACCAGAACCUACUACAGACAAAUUUGUGGCUGUUAUGAAUGGAGUUGAUAAAAGGAGUAUUCCUGGAAAUACCAUUGCUGUGCAAGAAGAUAUGCCAUUUAGUGGUCUGACUACUUUUGGAACCUCGUUUUUAUCCAAAUUUGAGUGCUCGCAACUGCCCCAUCCUCUAUUGGAGCACAUUACAUUUGUGGACACACCCGGAGUUUUAUCAGGAGAGAAGCAAAGAACACAAAGAAGCUAUGACUUUACUGGUGCUAUAUCAUGGUUUGCUGCAAAAUGUGACCUCGUCUUGCUUCUGUUUGAUCCUUACAAGCUAGAUAUAAGUGACGAAUUCAAACGGGUCAUUGCAUCUUUAAGAGGUCAUGAUGAUAAGAUUAGGGUAGUUUUGAAUAAAGCAGAUCAAGUUGAUACUCAACAGUUGAUGCGAGUAUAUGGCGCAUUAAUGUGGUCUCUUGGGAAAGUGCUAAAUACUCCUGAAGUUACAAGAGUUUAUAUUGGUUCGUUCAAUGACAAACCCAUAGAUUCAGUUGCUUCUGGUCCCAUUGGAAAAGAACUUUUUGAGAAAGAACAGGAUGACCUCCUUACUGACCUACAGGAUAUACCCAAAAAGGCCUGUGAUCGGCGAAUAAAUGAAUUCGUAAAGCGUGCUAGGGCUGCCAAGAUACAUGCCUAUAUUAUAAGCCAUCUUAAAAAGGAGAUGCCGGUUAUGUGGGGCAAAGCCAAAGCUCAGCAGAAACUUAUUGACAAUCUAGACGUAGAAUUUGGGAAGGUUCAGAGAGCGCACCAUUUGCCAGCCGGUGAUUUCCCCGAUGUUGAACGGUUCCAACAAAUCUUGAGUGGCCGUAGCAUUGACAAAUUCCAGAGAUUGAAGCCGAAGAUGAUACAAUCGGUUGAUGAAAUGCUCAGACAUGACAUCCCAGAACUUCUCAAGAAUUUCAGAAAUCCAUAUGACUAG